AUGAAGCUGGAACCAGAAAUGGGGAACAUGACUGAGUGGAGAGAGGCCGACUUUGCCGAUCACUGCACGUACAUCGUCCAGGACCAGCCGUCUGAUCCGGCCUUUGGCGUGCCACGAGCCAUGACCUCCAUUCCACGCAACCUCACCUUUGAGUACGGCCCUGAGAAUGAGGUCACAGGAGUGUUUAGUAAGGAGUACAUUCCUCAAGGGACUCGUUUUGGACCACUCCAGGGAGACAUUUACACCAAAGACAACGUCCCGCCUCAGGCCAAUCGCAAAUACUUCUGGCGGAUUUACUCAGGAGGACAGCUUCUUCACUUUAUCGACGGCUAUGACGUGCGCCGGAGCAACUGGAUGCGCUUUGUCAACCCUGCGCGCUCGCUGGCCGAGCAGAACCUGGUGGCCUGCCAGGACGGCCGCGACGUCUUCUUCUACACCAUGAAACCCGUGGAGCCGCAGCAGGAGCUGCUGGUCUGGUACAGCCAGGAGUUCUCCCAGAGGCUGUGCAGCCAGGCAGAGGACGAGAAGCAGCAACUCAAGCACAAGCACUUCACUGAGCCCCCAAAGCAUCUACCUCACUGGGCCUUCAGUGUAAAGCCACCACUGAGCCCGGCAUGGUCGAAGAGUGACGAGGAUGAGGAGGAAAAGAAGAAGGAAGAAAGGAACGAGAUGAGUGAUGAGUCCUCUGAUGAGAAGAUCGAUGUGGUUGGAAUCUUAGAAAGGGACACUCCACCUGACACACCUGAAGAACAACAGGUCAUGGACUUCAGUAAAAGAAUUGAGAAAGAGGGAGAUGACCCCAUCAGUGACAUUCCAGAACCCAACUCAGUGCCCUCCCCUCAGUCUGACAUCAGGGAGAACAGCCUGGGCAAUCAGGUCUUCCGUAACUCCCCAUCUCCAGUCCCAGAGCUCCCCCUACACUUGCACGGCCUGUACAACCAUCGCGAGGGCUUGGUGUCCUCCUACCCUCUAUACCCUCCCUCAAGACCCCUCCAUCCACCUCCGUACCAGCUCCUUCCUCCAUACCAUCCCCACUACCAUCCUCUACUCUUGCCCCAGUAUUCCUCUCCUUUCUCUGGGGUGAUCCCUUCCAGAGGUCCCCUGCGGUUCCAAUCCUUCCUGGGAAGCGAGGGCCUGCCUUUCCCCUCUGUGGCUCAGCCUGGCUUGCCUUACCCACAUCCACCACACGGGGGCCUGAAGGAGCGUCCCCCAAACACCUCUCCUCCAAGUGGGGCCCCUGCUACGCCAGAGCUCUCCCCAAUUCCAAAACACUCCCCAGAGUCCCAGCAGUUCCACUUCUCAUCGGGAUGCGACGAGGCCAUCAAUCUCAGUCUGGCCAGCGGAAAAAUCAGCCCUUCAGCCCGCCGAGAGACACCUGGCUACAAGUCCCUGCCCUAUCCCCUGAAGAAACAAAAUGGCAAGAUCAAGUACGAGUGCAACAUCUGCCUCAAGACAUUCGGACAGCUCUCUAACCUUAAGGUGCAUCUGCGUGUCCACAGUGGGGAGAGGCCAUUCCAGUGCCACCUCUGCAAGAAGAGCUUCACCCAACUCGCCCAUCUUCAGAAGCAUCACCUCGUCCACACAGGAGAGAAACCUCACGAGUGCCAGGUGUGUCAUAAGCGGUUCAGCAGCACCAGCAACCUGAAGACACACUUGCGGCUCCACUCCGGCGAGAAGCCCUAUCAGUGCAAGCUGUGCGGCACCAAGUUCACCCAGUACAUCCACCUGAAGCUGCACCGCCGGUUGCACAGCUCCCGCGAGCACCCACAUCGCUGCGCCCACUGCACGACAGCCUUCCUCCACCUGCCCAGCCUCCACCUCCACCAGCGCCUCUGCUGCCUGGCGUCCUCCCCCGCCCUGUCCCCAAACGCUCAUCACCCCUCUUUGGUCGACCUGCAGACGGUGGGCCAGCUCCUGGAAAGGUUCGACACCAGCCCCGAGGCAGAGGCCCUGGUCCGGAGCUCCGUGUUCAGCCACGGGGACGGCGAGGAGGCUUUGGAGCGCUGGCUUGCCGCCAGCAUGGAGGGCAGAGAGGGGAAGGAGGAUCAUGGCACGGAGAGGCGACUUCUUCAGGCGCUGGCCGCCAAACACAGCCCUACUGCUGCUGCCCAUCAGGAACGGGCAAGCGUGGUGCACUUUCACCCCAGACCUCCUGGGAUGAAGACAGAGGUGUAAACAUGAUGGGACUGAUCAAAGGACAACUUGACUGACUGAAAUGAGAGUUAGAGGGUUCUUAGAGUGACGUCCUUCUCACAACAAGAGCCAUGCCAAAUAUAAAAAGCAAACGAAAUAUAUUUUUUUGUUAAUGAUGUUGUUGUUGAGAGUUAUUUUUAAAGAACAAAAAGAGAGAGGUAGCGAAGGACAAACCAAAUUGAGAGCGGCACCAAACAAUGUGAGAAUUCCAAAGAUGGCAGAGGCGGGAUUUCCACCCUGACUCUGGCACUUUAUACUGUAUAUGUGAAAGAGAGGGCUUUCCACCCUCCUGUUUGUUGUGGCCAUGUUAAACGGUCUUUGAGGUGUAAAUUAAUAUAAUUAAUGUUUUAACUUAUUGAUACGAGGACUUUUCUUUUGUUGCUGCUGGCAAGCAGUUUUUAGUUCUUUAGCUGUUGUUUUUUUGCGCUUGAUUUGAUUGAUAAAUAAUCAAAGGCACUGGUAUUUCUGAGGAAUAGGGGCAAUUCUUUGACUUGCGUGUGCAUUUUCACAUUCACUUUCACUCGUCUGUGCAGGUGUGUACAUGUGUGUGAAAGAUAGAGGGUAAGCUUUAAUCCUCUGUGUUGACCAAAGGCUUUGCUUAAGUUCAGCCACCGACUUUAUCACAUUAAGAUCAUAGUUUCUCAAUAGGAAAUGGUGACAAUAUAUAGCAUGAAGAUUGCAUCCGUUGCACUCUGACACCAGUCCUUUUUAGCACUGCAGAUAAUGCGUACUUGUGUUAGCCUUCUGUUCAUUCGCAUGAGAACAGACAGCAGCCUGUUUGCUCAGGGCAAUGUCCCUGUGUUGAAUGAUAAUCACUGGAUGAACAAUUUACAGGAACAAUAUUUAACUUAUUACAAGUUUGUAUUGCAAUUGAUCCUAAAUAGUAGCAGCAGCUUGUGAUACUGCACUCUCCAAGAGACUAUUUUUCAGUUUGUUGUUUAUUUUCUUUAUUUAUGACUGUUUGAGAGCUUUACAUAUUUUUUAUUUCUGUUCAUAUAUGAUGUAACCACAAGGACAAGGGGCUUCCAAAUGUUGGGUACAUCGCCCCAUUUUGUUACUUUUAGGAAUCUCAGGAAUUAUAUAGACCAAAAGUUGAAAAGACAGAAAAAUAAAAAUGAUGAUAGACAAAACAGUAUCCUCAUAUAAGAGAUUCAGAAUCUCAACUGUGAGAAUGAACCAAUAUGUUCUUGAUGUGCUAUAAUUAGUGCUGGAAAAAACUAUCUACUGUUACGGUCUUGAUGGCACCAUGGUUCCAAAACUGAACUUAAAUAAUUACGAAUGUGUUGUCAUUUUUUUGUAGGGCAUUUUUGUACAUCCAUGUAAAUGUAGCCUAUUUUUGUCUCAGUUUGUAAUAUGUUGAUACUUUAUAUGUGAGAAACUAUUUUCAUUAAACUUUUGUAAGUAAA